AUGCUGGAGGAUUCUAAGAGAUACCCGUUUGUAGUGGAACUCAAAAGAAUAUCAAGCCCUCCAGGCUCCAUGCAGCCGCAAACAUUUAACAAAGCAGAUUCAAUACAAUGCACUCUAAACGAAGUAGUGCUAAUCCGUUGGUUUUUGGAAUUAAAUCUACAUAAUUUAACAACCGGUGUAAUUGACUAG